CGUCUGAGGGCGGGCGCCGCCAUCCACCGGCAGCGCCGACGGGCCGGUCCCGGUGCCGGUCCCGGUGCCGWUCCCAGGGCGAAGGGAGGACACGCCUCCGCCCGGCGGCGGGCGAUGCUCCCCCGGCAGCCCCGGGARCGGUGCCGCCCCGCUCCAGGCACCCCGGCGUCUCCGCCGUGACCGGCCCAUCUCGCCAGAGAGAUGCCUGGGCAUUGGAAGCUCCCUGCAGCAUGCUGAGGAGACGUAAUCUUCUUACCACGCUCCUGAUUGCCUUGCCAUGGGCUCUUCUCCUAACCUUGUGGCACCAGUACCCAACCACCCACUACCUCAGCCUGCUGAGAAAAGAGACAGAUGAGAACGUGACCUCUAAAGCUCUCCUUAAUGGCACRUCUGCACUGAGAGAAGAAGGCUUCCCAUCAUGCACUCGGCAGCAGCAAAGCUUAGGGGCAACACCUAAAAUCAUCCAGAAUUAUGUGUACUCCAGACCUCCCCCAUGGUCAGACACCCUGCCCACCAUCUUUGUUAUCACCCCUACCUACACCCGGCCGGUGCAGAAAGCUGAGCUGACCCGUCUGGCCAACACCUUCCUGCACGUACAGAACCUGCACUGGGUGGUGGUGGAGGACUCUCCACGGAGAACCAACCUUGUAUCCAACCUGCUGGAGAAGGCUGGGCUCAACUUCACCCACCUCAACGUGGAGACACCCAAGAGCCUGAAGCUGGGUCUGUCCUGGAUCCCAUCCCACACCCCGAGGGGGACACUACAGAGGAACCUGGGGCUGCACUGGCUGAGGGACAGCUUCAGCAACACUGCACCACCAGAAGGUGUAGUCUAUUUUGCUGAUGAUGAUAACACYUACAGCCUGGAGCUCUUUGAGGAGAUGCGCUACACAAGGAGRGUGUCAGUCUGGCCAGUGGCUUUCGUCGGGGGGCUGCGAUAUGAAUCCCCAAAAGUGAGCCCAGCAGGGAAGGUGGUGGGCUGGAAAACCGUCUUUGACCCUAAUCGUCCCUUUGCUAUUGACAUGGCUGGAUUUGCUAUCAGCAUCAAGUUGAUUUUGGAGAAGCCUCAUGCSAGUUUCAAGCUGGAGGGAGUUAAAGGAGGCUACCAGGAAACCAGUCUGCUGAAGGAUCUAGUGACUAUGGAUGGGCUGGAGCCCAAAGCAGCCAACUGCACAAAGGUGUUGGUCUGGCACACAAGAACUGAGAGGCCCACUUUGGUUAAUGAAGGCAAGCGUGGGUUUACAGAUCCCAGAGUAGAGGUGUGAGCAAAGAGCCAGCUCCAGGGUAGGCAGAGGGCUGUGAUUGUUCCUGAAGUUCAGCAGCAGCCACAGCAGCUGUGCACCCUGCCUGUCCUGCCCAGCGCUUUGCUCCACUGCUGGAGGAUGAUAAACACUCCCAAAUGUCACCACUCCAAACAGCUCCCACUGCCCAAAGAGGUGGUAAUAAGGAGGGACAGAGCUGAUGUGGUGCCCUGAGAUCGUCCCCACCUAGGAGAGGAGUGCUUCCCUUCCCCACUGGGCCCUGUACUUUUAACCAUUCGUCAAAACGUAUUCGAUGUGAUCUUCAUUCUCAGCUGUGCCAGCACAGAGGCUCAAAUCCAGGAUGGGUGCUGGUGCCUCCAAAGAUCUGUCCUGGCAUGUUGUGAAACCUGAGCAUCAGUGCAGCAGCUGCAAGCGGCAGUAGUUCAAGGACAGGAGGUGUCACUAAAGCACAAACAUGGACUUGUUGGCCUGCGGCUAGUGUGCUCUCAGAACAGCUUUAAAGCAAAGCUAGCAUGAGAAUCUCUCCCUCUGAGGGAUGCACUCAGAUAUGUACACAGUUCAGCCUUCAGUAUUGGAGAGGAAGCUGUGCUGAGGAACCUAAUUUAGGGUUUGGGAGUUCAGAAGGGAUCUGGUGCCGAUGUCUCAGCUCAGAUCUUGAAUUGCUCCCACUUAAGGUUGUUUUGGAAAACACCAUCCAAUAUCCCCAGGCACAGACCCCUCUGGAUGAAGUUCCUCUCCUGCUCAGGGAGACAUGGCAGGUAUUGUACCUCAAAGGCUGUGCCUCCAUGUCUUGCUGCAGAGACC